AUGGUUGUCUUUGCAUGCGGAGGUGCAUUGGUGGAGAAGACAUCUCAACAAGCGUUUGAUCAAUUUGAUUUGCCUACAAAUAAUAAUCAACAAUGGGGUAGUGAGCGGACAAAGAAGGUAGGAGUUUAUGAAGUUGACACGAACUCAUCCAAUGGAACUUUGUCCACCUUCACCACAUCAAGCCUUGAGAAAAAACUUGAAACUCUUAUGCGUGCUGUUAUUCCACCUUCACCACAUCAAGUUUGCACCAUUUGUUCUGACCCAACUCAUCCAAUGGAACUUUGUCCAUCUACUACGCAAGGUUUUGAGCAAGUUCACCAAGUAAAUUCGUUUCAACGACCUCGGAAUGAUCCAUAUUCGAACACCUAUAAUCCAAGGUGGCGUAACCACUCAAAUUUCUCAUGGAGCAACCAGCAACAACAAGCUAGUUCUAGCCAUCCCUUCCAGCAGCAAAUGCAGCCCUCAAGUGAGCCUAAGAAACCUACGUUGGAGGACUUAAUUGCUCAGUUUGUACAGACUUCUCAACAAAAUUAG